AUGUCGAAAGCACCCCAAAAUCUUAAACAAGGCGACAAGGUUUCCUGGAACUGGGGCAGCAGCCACCCUACUGGGACGGUCAAAGCUGUUCACGCAGAGCAUACGAGCAUCACAAGUAAGAAUGGAAACACCAUCAGUCGCAACGGCGACGAGGAGAAUCCGGCUGUCGAGAUUGUUCAGAGUAACAAGAAUCCCGUUCUCAAAAAGGCGAGCGAGUUGAAUGAAGUGGAUGUUUAG